CCCGAAGAUUCGACAUGGCACAAUCCUUUCGUGCUCUACUCGACCUUUGUAAGCGAAGAGGUUUCCUCUACCAAUCAGCGGAAAUCUACGGUGGACUUCGAGGUGCUUACGAUUACGGACCGCUGGGCGUAGAACUGAAGAAAAAUAUCCUUAAUUCUUGGUGGCGCCAGAAUGUAUACUACAGAGACGAUGUAGUUGGACUAGAUACAAGUAUUAUCACACCUCAUCCCGUUCUCAAGGCAUCGGGACAUGUUGAUGAGUUUACCGAUCUACUCGUUGACUGCACAUUAACCAAAGAGCGCUUCCGACCCGACAAAGCACCCUCAGUCAAGUUCCUGCCUUUUGCAGAAAAGCCCGAAAGUGGAGAGAUUCCCAUUGAAGCACCUGACAAAGAAACUGCAAAGGCGUGGCAGAAAACCAUUCAAGAACAGCUUGCACCUGGAAUCGUGACAAGUGUACAUGGCAAAAAUAUUCACCUUCAUGUAAAAACGCUUGUUGAACCCAACGAAAAUGGAGAGGGUGGAAGUAUCACUUUUAAAGCCAACGGUGUACCAGAGCUUAAGAUUUGUUAUCAUGGCUAUGUCGAGCCUACCACAAAUUCGCCCUUCUUAACCGACAGCAGACCUUUUAACUUGAUGUUCAAAACAUUUUUGGAUCCUAUUGAUCCAAUCGAGCGUGUGAUCCAAACCACCAAAAAACACGAUGUGGACAGUAAGCAGUCUACUCGGGAAGCUGUAGAUGAAGUUCUCCGUCCAUCAACAGUCUAUCUUCGCCCAGAGACUGCCCAAGGCGUAUUUAUCAACUUUGAGCAAGUAACACGCACAAUGAAGACAAAGCCUCCAUUUGGUAUUGCUCAGGUUGGAAAAUCAUUUAGAAAUGAGAUCAGACUUGAGCAUGGCAUCUUCCGCACUCCAGAAUUCGAGCAGAUGGAACUGGAAUAUUUUGUUGCACCAUGGGAGUCUGGCCAUUGGUUCUCUUAUUGGCGUCAACGCCGCUACAAUUGGUGGUUAGAACAUGCAUGCUAUCCCAAAAAUUUCCGUCAGCGCGAUCACGGAAAGAAUGAGAUGGCACAUUAUGCGACUGGCUGCACAGAUGUCGAAUAUUUAUACCCGUGGGGAUGGGGCGAGGUUGAAGGAGUGGCCAAUCGUGGCAACUUUGACUUGACACAGCACAUCAAGAAUACGAAUGCCAACUUUGAAGUAGUAGAGGAUGAAGUUCGUAUCUCACCUAAUGUGACAACGGAUCACUCUUUAAUUCCAAAAGAAAAGCCAGCGCGUUAUGUACCCCAUGUUGUGGAGAGUUCUUGUGGACUGAACCGUGCAAUGUUAGCAUAUCUGUGUGACGCCUUCCACCAAGUUGUGGAUGAGACAGGCACCAACAAACAACCUCGUACUAUUCUUAAACUUGAUCCUCGUCUAGCUCCCAUCAAAUGUGCCGUCAUGCCAUUGACUGGCAAAGCCGAGUUUAUGCCUAUAGUAGAAAAGGUUGCUAAAUCUCUCAGACGCCAGGGCUGGUACACUGUCGUAGAAUCGCAAAAGUUGAAGAUCGGAAAACGUUAUUAUAGACAUGAUGAAGUAGGAACUCCUUGGUGUGUGACAGUAGAUUUUCAGAGUUUGGAGGAUGGCACUGUCACUCUUCGUGAUAGAGAUACCGGAGCACAACAAAGAUUUGCCUGGCAAGACGUGAAGAAGCACAUUGGCGAGAAGUUGUCAGAUGCUGAUGAUGAUAAUUAGUUUUACAAUUUUUAUACAAAUUUAUAAUCGCUCUAUUCUCUCGCUUUUUUUUAAAAAAAAUCUUGACAGAGAAACUGCCAUCAUUUCGCAAGGUGGCUUAUUGACUCUUC